GACGCCACGUCGCGUUCGGACCUCUCCGUCGGACGGCGCGUGCCAGACGAGGACGCACCUACGAACCGGUCGGGCCGUCCGACGUAGAGGGGAUCGGCGACUCGACGAGUCUGACGCCGAGCGAGCGACUCACCGUUCAGUUCGUACGAGUCGCGUACUCGUCGCGUCGCACCGAACGUGUCCGUUUCGUCGUCAUCGUGUUUUGUGUUGCGGGCCCGUGUGUACACGCCGGCCGGGUGGUUGUUUUUGUGUGUACGGCCAUGGUCCCUCCGAACCCGACCCUCCGGUUCUGAAACGGCCUCCACAGGUGUUUACCUGCGAGGUAUGUGAGUACGGGUCCAGUGCCGGUUGGAUUUUUAUACACGGUUUAUUUUUUUUCGUACGUUGUGUGAUGUCCGUCCGCAUCGGAGAUGUGUACAUCUCCCCGAACGCGCCGGCCGUGCACGAGAAGGGCAACGGCGGCCAACAGAAAAUGAAGACGGUGGCCAUCGUGGCGCCCACCAGGAGUAACAGCCUGGAUUAUUUGAAUUUCGAGGAGAAACGGAAGCUGAUCGCGUCCUCUUUGUCCCUCUCCGAUUUCCUGGCCGUUGGGAAUAAUACCACGCAGGAGAUCAAGGAGGGAUGCACUACUGUUAUUGUUGCAAAGAAACAGAAUGGAUCGGCGUUCAGGACGAAUAGCCUCGGCAGCGGCACGAGGACACCGCCCCUAGAAAGAAAAAGUAGAUUUUCGUUAGGAAAACUAUUGAAGCCAUGGAAGUGGAAACGAAAAAAGAAGUCGGAUAAAUUAGAAGCGGUUUCUAGAACGUUAGAAAGAAAAAUAUCAGUCCGAGCCAACAGGGAAGAAUUGAUAUCGAAGGGGAUAUUACUACCAGAGAGCCCUCUCUCGCCACCAAAAUCCGAGCCAGGUGAUAACAUGAUGGUGAGCUGCGGCGUGUUCCCGGUGUCGGGGCCGCAACAACAGCAGCAGUUGCCCGGCGGCGGACAGACGCCCCAGGCCCCGCCGCCCGCCUACCCCACGCUGCCGGUGCCGUCGGGUCCCGUAAUGGCGUCGAACGCGGGCGGCCACCUCCCGCCCAUGAACCACGCGCUGCUUCAACAGCAGCUCCUCCAGAACCCGCACUUCGCACAGGCCAACGCACAGGCGAACGCCAACUCAAACAAUCAUACCGGUUUAGCGGAAGCUAUUAUGGACUAUUUCGGAAGGUGUACUUGUAUGGAAGGUGUCCUAGAUGCAAUAGUUGACCGGGUAGUUGAUUUUACUUGUUUUAGAGAGCCGAAAAAAGAAAAGACUGACGGAGCGGCACAGAAUGGCGCUCUAUCUCCAAACGGAGAGACCCCCUCGCACGUCACCCAGCCCCCGGGCAUGGACAGCCCCGCUGGGAAGCCGGAACGACCUAGCUCCCUGGGCCACGGCAAGCUCACCAGGAGGCUGCUCUGUUACCACAGCGAGCACUUCAACGAUGGUCACCCGGUGGGCCCGCCCGGCAGCACGCCGCCCGCCCAGGAGAAGCACCCGCACGGCAUGCAGCCGCCAGUGUCGCAGGCGGGCGGCGUGGGCGGCUUCAUGCUCUCCGAACUGCCGGAGCCGCCGAUCCCCGUCUCCGAAAUCGGUCCCAUUCCACCGCCCCCCAUGUUCUCCUCGCCCAGUCCGCUGCCGCACAGGCAGUCGCCCAUGCCGCAGCAGAUACCGGAGUACGAUUACGAAGAAAACGAGGAGGAUGACGAAUUCGAUCCGGAAUACGACGACGAUCCGACUUACGUGUACAGGAUGCCGCAGCCGGAUCCGAAAAUCGACACGAGUCGCAUCGACGAGAUUCCGGCCAAGGAGCCGAAGUUCAAUGCGAAGCCGCUGAAGAGUGCGCUCAAGAAGAAGGGCUCGGGCAGCGGGCCGGGCACGCCGCAGGGCACGCCCACGCAAGAGAACCGGCCGCUUACCAUGCGCCAGCAGGAACACAACUCUAGUUUCAAAAGGCCAACACUUAGGCCUAGGAUUAAAAUAUGUGCCAAGCAGACCAAAUUCGUGGGCAUAUCCUGUGCGAUGGAGAACAAGGAGAACACUCGUCCCGUCAUCAUAACGGAAGAUGUCAGCGACGACGAGGACGGACCGAUACAAUACCGGGAUGACAUGUCGCCAGAAGCCAAGCUUGCUCAGAAAAUCGCCAGGAAGGAGAGUCUGAAUUUGAAACUGUCGCUGAGGCCGGACCGUCAAGAGUUGAUCAACAGAAACAUCCUGCAAAUCCAGAGCGAGAAUGAAAGACAGGAAAGUCGGGAAGCCAUCGGUGCUAGGUUGAUCAGAAGGUUGAGCAUGAGGCCUACUCAAGAGGAACUGGAGGAGAGAAACAUCCUCAAAAAACAAAGUCCGGCGGAAGAGAAGAAACAGAAGGAGGAGAAGAAGCGGUUCCUGUUGAGGAAGCUGAGUUUUAGGCCGACAGUGGAGGAGCUGAAGGAGAAGAAGAUUAUUAGAUUUAACGAUUACAUUGAGGUGACACAGGCGCACGAUUACGACAGGCGGGCAGACAAACCGUGGACGAGGCUCACUCCCAAGGACAAGGCGGCCAUUAGAAAAGAGCUCAACGAGUUCAAGAGCUCCGAAAUGGCUGUUCACGAGGACAGUCGCCACUUGACCAGAUUCCACAGGCCUUGACAAUUGCAAGGUACACUAGAAGAAGAAAAGCUAAAUACUGUGAUGGGCGUAGCCGUAGAAAUCAACUUUCCCAUAAUAAUUGCUGCUUAUUGAGCUCAGGUCACGACCGACCUGACAAGUUCGUGCUUACUACCAAGCAUCGACUUGUGAAUGUGUAAUUGUUUUGUAUAUAAGUGAUUUUUUAUUAAAACAAAGUUUUUAUUAUAAUUAUUAUACAUAGUGAAUGUAUAUUGUUUUUUGUUUAAAAUGAAGAAACACUUGGAUCAACUAAAAUGUACAUAUUACAUAGCGCGAUUAUACAUAGUUGAAACAGUUUUACUCUUUAAUACAUCACUGUGCAAUAUUGUGCACUCAUAGUGUAAUAUUUAUUUAAGGUGCUCGUCAUUUUCUCUGCAAAAUAUUUGAAAAUAUAACAGUUGUUAUAUGACACCAUAAGUGGCAGCUAGUGUUUUAUCUUUGACCAUGUUAUAUCAUAAAAUGACUAUUUUACCAGAGAAAAAUGACGAAAAACCGUUAAAUAAUCAACGUUAGGAAUAUUUUUUUAUUGUUUUAGUGAAUAAGAGUUCACUAUACCUGUAAUUUCACUAGUUUUUUAAUACUAUUUUAACUGUAUUUGUUUUUCACGUGUUGAUCUACGAAGAUUGACAUAUUUUAUAUAAUUUAUAAUUACAUGAAUUGUGUAAAUGAGAAAUAGAUUGUUCGUUUUAAUCAUUUCUUAUUUAAACCUUACUUGAGAAUAAUCUUCAGUAUUAAAUUAUAUAAUUUUUAAUAAAAUUCAAAGAAUUAAUAAAUUUUAA